AUGCACCGAGCUGCCACUGCGGCCGAGGCGCGCUGCCUCUUGCUGGCCGAUGAGGCGACCGCCGCCUAUCUCGAAGCCCAUCCACGAGCCUCCAUCGCCGACAUGACCAUCGCGUUUCUGCGCCAGCGCGCUGUGAAUGCGACCUUGGUGCUCUACAAGGAGCUCGAAAAGCCUCAGAUCCGGCGUGAGCUGGCCGCCUUUGCCAACUUUGAUUGGUCCCAUGUUGAGGACAUUGCUGCGGAGCUCGAUGAUGAGACCUCCAGCUUCCGGCACGACUGCUCUGAAUUUGUCAGCACGGUGCUACAGGUUGUGCAUGACUUGACAAUUGCCAUUGCGGACUUGCCCGUCUGGAUUCAUGCCCUCGAGCUGUACGGGCCAGCCCAAGGCCUGCCGCAGAUAUCGCAUGUCCAGCGCGCCGACACAAUUGAUGCUUUUUCCGCUCGCACCUGGAACGAAACGCGGUCCGCCCUGGCUGCCCGCCAGGCAGCUCGCCGCUCCAUGACUCAAGCCAUCACGGAUCGAGACGAUCUCCCAAUCUGUUCCAACUGUGGCGCGUCACUGAGGCACGCCUAUAGCUUGCAGCGCUGUGACGCAUGCGAAUGCAUUGCUCUACAUUACCGGGUGCGAGCCCGGAUGCCGCGGACCUCUUCCGAGUAUCGGCACCUGCGUGUCCCGUCAGAGCGAACCAUGCCAGCUCGAGCCAGAUCAUCUUCCGUCUAG